GUUGUGCACCAUUGGGUAUUGGCCUGCCUGCAUCAUCUUGCCUCGAUCCAUUAUCAAAGCCAGCAUUAAAAAAUUCCAGGCUGCAGCAUUGCAGGCAGGCUAAUUAUCGUUGGCUCCAAUGUACGUUUCACUCAACUAUAUUCUCCUUUACCAUUUCCCUGUCAGCUGAUUCAGUCUUGGAGAAUUCAAUUCAGCAUUGCAACAGAUGCAUCAUCUAACCACCUUCUUUCAUUCUUCCCAUCAGACUUUUCCAUCCAAGUACAACUUUGAUUCUAUCUUGGUCAAGACUUGCAAAGCCUUCCAAACUCAAGGGUCCCGCAAUUCUUUCUAAAUCCUAGAAAUUCAGAAUUGACUGAUUAGAAAGGAAAAUAAUGGGGAUGUGCUUUAGCCAAGAAAAACCAACAGUCUCCAAGGCCAAUGGUGGUGUCGAUGGAAUGUAUAUUCCUGGGACACAGCAAAAACCUGUUCAGCACACAAAAUCACCAGCUCCUAAUAGCCAAAUGCCCUUUAAGCCACCUCCAAGCCCCAGACCAGUUCACAGGCCAGAUACAAUAUUGGGGAAGCCGUAUGAAGAUAUUAAAUUGCACUACACACUGGGGAAGGAAUUAGGCAGGGGUCAAUUUGGUGUCACAUAUCUGUGCACGGAUAUUGAAACUGGAAGACAAUAUGCUUGCAAGUCCAUAUCAAAGAAGAAGCUUGUUACCAAAGGUGACAAGGAGGAUAUGAGACGAGAGAUUCAGAUUAUGCAGCAUUUAAGUGGACAGCCAAACAUAGUUGAAUUUAAGGGUGCUUAUGAGGAUAAGCAUUCAGUUCACCUUGUGAUGGAGUUGUGUGCUGGUGGAGAGCUUUUUGAUCGAAUUAUUGCCAAGGGACACUACAGUGAAAAAGCUGCAGCUUCAAUCUGCAGGGCUAUUGUCAAUGUUGUUCAUGUCUGCCAUUUUAUGGGUGUGAUGCACCGUGAUCUUAAGCCUGAGAACUUCUUACUGUCAGACAAGAGUGAAAAUGCGGCCUUGAAAGCAACGGACUUUGGGUUGUCGGUAUUUAUAGAAGAAGGCAAAGUCUACAAGGAUGUAGCUGGGAGUGCUUAUUAUGUUGCACCUGAAGUUUUAAGGCGUAGGUAUGGGAAGGAAGCUGACAUUUGGAGUGCUGGAGUCAUGCUGUAUAUAUUACUCAGUGGUGUGCCACCCUUUUGGGCAGAAACUGAGAAGGGUAUAUUUGAUGCUGUCUUAAGGGGACAUAUUGACUUUGACAGUCAACCUUGGCCAUCAAUCUCAAGUAGCGCUAAGGACCUUGUCCGCAAGAUGCUAACACAAGACCCCAAGAAACGAAUUACAGCUGCUCAAGUACUUGAGCACCCAUGGAUGAGAGAAGGAGAAGCAUCAGACAAACCAAUAGACAGUGCAGUCCUUUCCAGAAUGAAGCAAUUCAGAGCAAUGAACAAACUCAAAAAAUUGGCUCUGAAGGUCAUUGUAGAAAGUCUCUCUGCAGAAGAAAUCCAAGGGCUGAAAGCAAUGUUUCAAAAUAUGGACACUGACAACAGUGGCACAAUCACAUAUGAAGAACUAAAGAGUGGACUUGCUCGACUUGGGUCAAAACUCACAGAGGCAGAAGUUAAACAGUUAAUGGAAGCUGCUGAUGUUGAUGGAAAUGGGACAAUAGACUACAUUGAGUUCAUUACUGCUACAAUGCACAAGCACAAACUAGAAAGAGAAGAAAACCUUUAUACAGCAUUCCAGUAUUUUGAUAAAGAUAAUAGUGGGUUCAUUACGAGAGAUGAGUUAGAAACUGCUAUGAAAGAUUAUGGAAUGGGUGACCCAGCCACCAUAAAGGAGAUAAUAUCUGAAGUGGAUACAGAUAAUGAUGGAAGAAUCAAUUAUGAAGAGUUCUGCACAAUGAUGAGAAGUGGUACAAAACAGCCAAACAAGCUCUUCUAGUUCAAAGCUCCAAGAUCUUAAGCUUUAUGACUCGGGGUUAAAUCUUCUUCUCGGUCACAAAUUACAUUACUAAGUCGAGCAGCAGCUGUCCAGCAGGCUUUCAGUUUGGAAAUUUAAAGUAUAGCAUUUGUUUUGUGAUUUGUUCCAGCUCAGUUGUUGCUCUUUCUGCUGUUUCCUCAGUAUCUAUCCAGCCUUUUUUUAAACAACCUUCCUUUGGAUGUCUGGAGGAGGGGGGAAAAUCUGGAUGUCUAAACCUAGCAUUUAAUCCCCUCUUCUUUUUUGAUUUAUUCUUUAAAUGAAAAAAAUGAAAAUAGUCUUCCGUAAUAA